AGAACUGGAGAAGCCUCUUGAAUGAGAGGUGAGACGUCUUCAAGAAACUCAAGCAAGUCCAGCUGCCUACGAUAAGAUUACUACGACCUGGAUGACUGAGAGUCUUCACUGAUUAAGAGCUGACCUUCAGGGAAAUAGCCGGCAUCCUUGUGAGCGAUGGAGGAAAUCUAUGCCAAUGUUGAAAAUGCCAAACCUGUUGACCCGAGACCUUCAACAGCGCAGACGACAGGUACCAGGAGCUCAGAGAGAUUUCCUGGAGCUGUUGUUCCCUGCCUGGGGCUACUCAGUGUUCUCCUGCUGGCUGGGCUCAUCGGCCUCAGUGUCUACUACUUUGACUUCGCCCGUGAUUCAUCUGCAGUUUUAUCUUCUAUCAAAGCGAACCUGACUGAGCGUCUCCAGGCCAGUAAUGAGGAGAGAGACCUGCUGAAUGCCACCCUCACAAACCUGACUAAAGAGUUGGACAGGCUCCAGACUUUGUCCAAACAGAAGAAAACCUGUCCAGCAGAGUGGAGGAUGUUCAGCUGUGUCUGUUAUUUCCUCUCCACUCGGUCUGAUUCUUGGGAAAAAGGCAGGCAGGACUGCAGAGACAGAGGAGCAGAUCUGGUCGUCAUCGACACUUUAGAAGAACAGGAAUUCAUCACUCAGAUCAUUAGGAGUAACACCUGGAUCGGUUUGAAUGACAGAGACAAAGAGGGCACCUGGAUGUGGACUGAUGGGACUCCACUGACUGAGGGGUACUGGAGAGGCUGGCCUGAUAACUGGCGUGAAGAGGACUGUGUAGAAAUCUUAGCUGGCAAGAAGACGAGAGAAAACUGGAAUGAUUUGCGAUGUGAUACCUCUAAGCCAUGGAUCUGUGAGAAAAUGCCGUAGCAUUUAAACCUGUAGUUGGUAAAAUAACAUUUUGUCAUAUUUGCUAAAGCUGUCACUGUAUCCACACAGUCCACACAAUCAUGUUCCUCUGCCUUCUUGUACUGCGUCUAAUGCCAUUAUUGCAUGUAAACAAAACCAAGAAGAGUCGGUCAUGUCAAUCACUGCUCGUG